GCCAUUUUCUCAUCCUUCGUUUUUGCAGUGGUCACCUAUUCCCUCGUUCUUCUACAUAGUAAACACCACUACUACAGUACUACUGCUAUCGGAAUCUCGACUCCUUCAGGAAACAUCCCGAACACCCUGGCCCGCCCCACUCAGUCUGUCGUCUGCCUCCUCCAGGGUCUCUUUGGCUGACUUACUUCUCAUCGCUCUUUUCCUUCUUCUGCUUCUUUUCAUCCUUUCGUUACAACUUUCGUUUAUGAAGUAAAAAAGAAUACACCCUGGUAUAUAUCCGGUGGUAUACCAUGUCCGUCAGUGGCCCGUGUCUCUGGCUGCCCUCUCCCGCUGCAUCUUCACAUUACUCCGCCAUUCAGACCCCGGCAUCAGCAGCAAACACUUGGUUCUCAGAACAGAAUCUCACCAGAGCCCAACCAGAAAAGACGGAAGGUCCAGUGCUGCCGGCAGUCUCUUCUACCUUUUCCUCUAAUACUACCAACACCCCAGCCCAAACAGAGUUGAUGCCCCCAAAACACGCAGACGAUCGCACCGUCCAAGCGACCACUGACGCUCCUCUCUCACGGACGCGUCUAGAAAGGUUCAACCGCAGUGAGCCGCUUCUGUCGGGUAUCAGCCAGGAUGCUACCAGUUCAAGUCCGGCCACGCGCGAAUCCAGCUUGGAACGGAAGAGAAAACACUCAGACUCCCAUCUCCAUGACAAGGAGAUAUUGGAAGGAGCUAUGACUCCAUCGGAUGAUGGAGGGGAACGGCAGAAUACGCCUUCCGAUGGAAAGCUCGAAAAGAAGAAGAUGAAGCGAUUCCGUCUCACCCAUAACCAAACCCGGUUCUUGAUGAGCGAGUUCACUCGUCAGGCCCAUCCAGAUGCGGCCCAUCGGGAGCGUCUGUCAAAAGAGAUCCCCGGUUUGACUCCGCGGCAGGUUCAAGUCUGGUUCCAAAACAGACGGGCAAAGCUUAAGCGUCUGACUAGCAAUGACCGCGAACGAGUGUUAAAGUCGCGGGCCUUGCCGGAUGACUUUGACACUACCCAGGUCUUACGAACUCCUUUUGACCAUAAAUCCACAUCCGAAACACCGGGUCUACUGACCAACCCAAACCGUCCAAACGAUGAGGAAUAUGCCAUGUCCCCGAUGAGUGCGCCGUCGGCUGGUGGAGGCUACUUCCCUCCCACCCCGGCUGCGGAACGACCCCAAGACACUUAUCCCAUGGCCCCCAAUCGACCAGCGAUUCCUACGUCGCUGUCGGACAUUCACCGAGCCGGUCGCGGUGCUUAUCCAUUCCCGCGAUCCAGCAGUUUCUCGGAUGCAUAUCCCGGUUUCCCACAUAGCUACAGCCGGUUCUCGAGUCCAAGUACGGAAUCACUUGGUCAUGGACUACCCUAUGGACGCCGGCCCAUGGACUACGGAAUUUCAAGACCUGCCAACGCCAUGGUUCCGGGAUACGAUCCCAAUCGACCUAUUGAGGGCUCUGUCUCGCCUACCGAACAGCAGGAAGCGCCCAUUCCCUACGGCAUUGACCAGCAUGGUCAGCAAAUUCCAAACUAUCACCCGUCUAUGGCAAUGCCGCCCCCGAAAGGAUACGGUGGAAUGGAAAUCAACACGUCCAUGCAACCACCUCGCCAGAUUCCCGCCCUCCACUCCGUUCCUGUUUCGGAUUCUCCCGAUUACCGACCCUACUCCUACGACCCUCAGUCCUAUCCGAUGAACAACAACAUCCCCUAUACACAAGCGAACACAGCGGGCAUGCCACUCCCGACGACCUAUCCGUCCGACACGGGACACAUGCCCCCGACCACGGCCGAUGGCCGAAUGAACCCUCCCCAAAUGAUGGACCCCAUGAGGGCCAGAUUUGGAAGUCAAUCGUUGGACUAUGCCUCUUACCUCUAAGAGCACCCGAGUGCUCUUCUUACCAUAUAUACAACAUUUAAUGUCUGCAUCGUUGCGACCUCGAAGGAGGUGCAUUUCAGGAGCGACUCGAACUGCAUUUUGGCUUCCUCCCUGAGUCGAUCGGUUAUUGAAAGGACGGAUCGUGUAACUGUAUCAUCACCUUGCAUGGCGUUGUUUGCUUUUUCCUGUAUUUACCGAGGAUUGCCCGCCUUGUUUUUAUUCUAUGUUAAUAUUGCCCACUACCCCUGGCGGGUAGUGAUCUGAAUAUACUGUUAUCAAAAUCAACUUGUACUCGUUUUAAACUUCUGCG